CUCUAAGAGUCUACGGGCAAAAAGAGUAUCCAACAGGGUUAAAAUGGCGAACUCGGUUAUAUGUAGGCAGAUAGUAAAACAAAAUUUGUGUAGAAUACUUGAACGAAACUGGUCAUUAGGCUAUUUUUACCAAGCUCACUCUCACUCUUCGCUAGUUAGGAAAUGUGGCCCGAAAAAGAUGACCUCCCUGCCUUACCAUCAGAGUUACCGGUUAUUUUUCAAGCUCCCAAAUUUGAAUCCCCUCACCGCAUCAAAGCGAAAAGAGUACUCAGAGAGGAGGAUUUUAGGUUACUCAAUGGAGAACAUGUAUGACAUUGUGGCUGAUGUGGCCUCUUAUAACCAGUUCAUCCCGUGGUGCACAAACUCCGCUGUGUUUGAUGUAAGACCCAACGGGUGCAAGGCCAGAAUGGAAAUAGGUUUCCCCCCAUUGCAGGAAAAAUACAUUUCUACAAUAAAGCUUGUUCGGCCUAAUCUGGUCCAUUCAGAAUGUACAGAGGGAAAGCUGUUCACACAGCUAGUAACAGUUUGGCGCUUCAGUCCUGGACUGUCAGGAAACCCAAAAACAUGUACCCUUGAUUUCUCUGUUGUAUUUGAGUUUCGGUCGCAGCUACACUCUCAUUUCGCCACAGUAUUUUUUGAUGAGAUAGUGAAGACCAUGGUGAACGCCUUCCUUAAAAGAGCUCAAAAGCUACAUGGUCCUGAGUCCAUAAAGAGUCAAAAACCCAAGGUUAUAUCCUACACCUCUUGACACGGUCCUGGACUAGUGAUGUGAAUUUGUAAAUAAAGACUAAAUGAAUGGAGAGGUGUAAACAAUUUACUACAGAGAAAACAGGUGUACAUUUCUUCUCUAUAGGUUAUCAACU